ACAGCCAUCACUAUCAACACCACUGCAAAUGCAUGUAUUUACAUAUAUAUAAUUAAGCAGGAAAACUGUAAAUACGCUGAGCGUUUGCAGCAAAAGUCAUUGCUAAAACAACCGCCGAAGUGGAAGAACAGUUAUUUUAAUAAUUGAAUUGAGAAUUUCUUUGUGUUAUUGUUUCUACUAGUGUCAAUAUUAUUAUUUAAAGGAGUAAAAAUGUGUGAUACUUUCAAAAUGAGAGAUGGAUUUUUACAAUUCACAGAGUUAAAGGAUAAGGACGAAUGUGUUAACCCUGAAAAUAUAACAGCAGAAAAUAAAGUUGUAAAACCUAAUAAAGCUGAAAAAUGGGAAAUUGAGGCUAUUGGUCAGUUCCUGUUCGAAGAGUAUCAGAAUUUGUUGUUUGGCGUAAGAACCGAAUGGCUCGUACGAAAGUGUAUAUUACGUGCAAAAUAUGUGAAAUUCAUCGCGAAUGCAAAAACUGAAGUGCGUCAGCGUUUAUUGGAGGCAAACACCAAAUACGGCAUUGGUACUCUGCUGAAUCGCACCAAUUACCUGAUAAACACGAAUCGUGACAGUCCGUUUUAUCGCAUUAGAACCACAACCUUUUUUGAAUAUACCAACAAGUUACUUGAAGAAUUUGAUGAAAAACAAAAGAAUGGCCAAUCAACGGAGAUUAUGUCAAACGGAGAAGAAUGCAAAACAGCUAUCAAUGGUGAUCCAGCGCUGACAGGUUCACUAGAAGUGGACGAAAAUGCGCCCACCCAUGAACUGCUCUACGAAGGUAGUCAGUUGCAACUACGUAUACCGUCGUUCCAACUGACUAAUAUGGGCUGCUAUAUUUGUCAAAAGAAUUUCAUCUCACCAAAUGAUUUCGAGGAGCAUGUAUUAUCGCAUGGUGAUGAGUCAGAUUUUAAAAUACUUGAAGGUUAUGAAAAAUGCGCAACACCAAUAUUCAAACUCUCCUAUAAUAUUUGCAAAAAUUCGCAUUAUUUUCGUUUCAAUUUGGAAUCGUUGAAACCGAACAUUGUUAUUGAGAAACUGGUUAUCGUACAAACACGCACAUUUUACUAUGUGAAUAAUACGCGUGUGCCGUAUGCGUUGGAUGCGAAUCGCAAAGAUAGUUUUUUUGUCGAUAGUCAUCUCUUUCGUAAAGGAGUUGUACAACCAAUUGUUGUGGUAUUUCAUGAAGCAUCCUUGCCAAUGCAUAAUGUAGAGCAGCAUCAUUUUUGUCGCAUUGAGGAGUUUCCUGUUGUUCAUUUGAACAUUAAUCCAUGCCGUUUACCAAAUAAAAUUACAUUUAAACCAAAAUUUAAACUUCCUCAAUACAUGCCGCCUGUGGAAAUUCGUCGUGCUUUACAAAAGGAUUCUAUGGACGCACCACUUGCUGAAUUAUCCAAUGAGUUUAGAGAUUACAUGUUGAAUAAAAAAACCUUGACGCAUCACAAUGCACGCGAGGUAGUUUUGAAGCUCUUACAGAUCGAGGAUUGGGAUACAAUGCGCGAGUAUUCGAGUCUGGUGCAACGAAAUGUCCAAUUGCGCACAUACGAAAACGACUAUAUUUUGAAGCUAAAACUACCAAAAAAUAUACGUUUCGAGAAUAUAAUUUUCCCCUAUGAUGACGUCAUUGUCUUGCCCGCUGAGGAAAGUAACGUCUUAUCGACAUCCAUUGAUGAAUUAAUGAAAAAAAUGGAACAGUUGGUUGAUGAAACAGCUGCAAAACAACAAACGGCACAGAAAAAAACGAAAAAAUAUAUUGGACAAAUUGAAUGCAUUUCCUAUGGACGCGUAACAUUCAAAUGUCAACAAAAAAUACCAAGUGACAAAUUGUAUACCAUCAUUUUUCGUCCAUCGCGCUUGGUUUUACGUUAUCAAUAUCGCGCCUUAGAACAAAUGGUUGCCAUGCCGCCGUGCUUAUUAAAAGAAUUACUUUUUCCCGACGAAAUUUUAACUAGAGAAUUGCCAGUUUUUAAUUUGAAUCUGCUAAACAAAACCAUUUAUCGCAAUCCGGAACAAUUGCAGGCUGUAAAAUGUAUGGUGAAUAUGAGCGCGACACCAAGUCUGGAGCCGUAUAUAAUUUUCGGACCACCAGGCACCGGCAAAACGUCAACACUGGUCGAAGCCAUCUAUCAAAUAUAUAUGCUGCAACCGCGAUCGCGCAUACUCAUUACAGCUGGUUCGAAUGGCGCUUGCGAUGAGAUCGCCUUACGUCUCUGCAAUGCGCUCUCACCGCAUAUCGAGCGUCAAACCAUUACACGUAUUUAUUCACGCUCAUAUGAAAAUCGUGCAGAAAACAUAAACGAAACUCUGCUGGAAUAUUCGAAUUUGUAUGCCGAUCAUUUUCUACCGGAUAUAGAUGUGUUGCACUCAUAUCGCAUUGUUGUAUGCACCUUAAGUAUGGUCGGACGUUUGGCGACUGGCAGAUUUGGUAAGGAAAAGGAUGGCAGCGGUGUGUUUUCGCACGUUUUUGUUGAUGAAGUGGCUGCUUCAACCGAGGCGGAAGCAUUAGUUGGUAUAACGGCAACAAUAACGGCAAACUCGCGUUUAGUCAUUGCCGGCGAUCAUCAGCAGUUGGGUCCAAUAUUGAAUUCGAAACGUGCCGCUAAUAUGGGUUUGGAAAUGUCGUUAAUGGAACGUCUAUUGACACGCGAGUGCUAUCGUGUCGAUGAGGAAGGCAAUUAUAAUCGGCAAAUACAAGCACGUUUACGUCGCAAUUAUCGUUCGCAUCCGGAAAUUGUUAAACUCUUUAGUGAAAUGUUCUAUAAAGGAGAAUUGAUAGCAGAAGCUGAACCGGAGGUUCAGCAGUUGUGUCGCGACUGGCAUCGCGCACCCAAUGCGGACUAUCCAAUCAUUUUUCAUUCCGUUUUCGGACCAGAACAGCGUGAGAAUAAUUCCACCAGUCGUUACAAUCCGCUGGAAAUUCAAACUGUCAUGGAUUAUGUGCGUGAUCUCUUAUGUUUCGGCAUUAAAGGUCAUAAGGUCGUGCAGAGUGACAUCGGUAUUAUAACGCCAUACAAGAAACAAUAUAUACGCAUACAGGAAGAAUUGAAUUUACGCAAUUGGUAUCAAAUCGAAACGGGUGCCGUUGAAUCAUUUCAGGGCAAAGAAAAAAACAUCAUAAUUAUCUCGUUUGUGCGUUCGUUUACCAACAAUUUGGGCUUUCUCGAUAGUCGCAAUCGUCUAAAUGUCGCACUGUCACGUGCACGUUCGCUACUAAUACUCAUCGGUAAUCCGCGUACACUAAGCAUCAAUGGCGAUUUCAAACAGAUUAUCGAACUUUGUCAGCUGCAGAAGACUAUGGUGGGCGCUGCAUACUACGAGAAUGAUAGCAAGAGACCCACCAACAAAAGCAAUGAUGCAACGCUGCAGCAGCUUACCAAAUCCAUGGAGAAGCUAAAUGUGGGUAAAGCGCAAGGCAGCAAUGGUGCCAAGUCGAAAAAUGCUAAGGGAAAAGCUAAAAACAAGCAGGCGGCUAAUAAAACUAAAAAUGCAACCAAAGCAAAUGAAAGUGCAGCGUCUGUAAAUGAUGUGCUCAAAAGCAACAACAGCAGCAAAUUCAAAAUGACACAGCCAACGUCUGUGGAAAAGCAACGCCAAACUUUUGAGCUGUUAAAGAAUUGUUAUGAAACCGAUGGACUUGACAAUCUUGUGGAGCCUAGGAGUAGCAAUGGGAAUCGUAAAAACGCUAAUAAGAAGAAGCCGAAAACUGAAAUUGAUGAACUGUUUGAUGCACUGCCGACCGUACCACGUGACAGAAAGCAGCAGCUUCCGCAACAUGAUUUUGAAAUAGUUGAACUGACGACAGAUCCAACUGAAGAACAUGAGGAAUUCCAAAAGCGUUUGAAUCGUCUACAAAGAAUGUCAACAACACCAAAGCCAACAAUAACACCAAGACCAAUAACAUCAAUAAAACCUAUAACAUUAACAAACCCACCAUAUAAAGCAAAACCUACCACUAGCAAUGCAACCAUAUUGAAACCCACCUUGAACAACAACAAUAACAAUGCAUCGAAGGUAACAGCAUCAAUUGGUUAUCGUGCUGAUGCAUACGCUAUGCCAUCGUUUAGGAAUGCCACACCAGUUGCUGCAACCUGGCAGAACCGAACUACUCCAGCGGCUAGUGUAAAUACAACCAAAACAACAAGCGGCACGUCUAAUCCGUGGCGGCCAACGGAAAAUCUGGGUCGCACCGAGUUCCCCACAUAUCCGAGAUAUGUUCCCAAUCCGCCGCCAAAAAAAUCGAAAUCGAAUUGUGUCAUUGCUUAGGAAUGGUAGUUGUUGUUGUUGUGUAAACACUACCGUUGUAAGCGUAUAUGUUGUACAUUUUUUUUCGAUUUUUAUUUUCAUAACAAUUAUGCAAAGUUCCUACUGGAUAAGCGCGUUAAGCGUGUUUAUCUGGGACUUUCCUCGUAGUUUUGCGGAGACAUUGGUUUGAAAAUGUGCGAGAAAAGUGUAAAGGGGAAUUUGUGUUGAGUUAUUUACGGUGGGGGUGUGUGUGAAUGACAAGGUUUCAAAAGCUGAAGCUUUUUGUUUUUCAUUUACUACCCACUGCCUAAAUCGUUCAAUGCUCUCUUUAUACUCAAAUAUUUUCUCGUUUUUUUAAGCUAUUGUUUUCGCAAAAAAAAAAAAAAUAUAUAUAUAUAUAUAUGUAUAUGUAAAUAUAUAUAUAUAUGUAUAAUAUUAUGUUUGCACGUGAAACACUACAACAAAUAGUGUGUGCAAACAUUUUGAAGUGUGGUUUAGACAGCGUUUCUGCCAAAAAACAAAAUUUUCAAAUUUAAAAUUUUUUUUUAAUUUUGCCAUUUCGUUUAAAAAUAACGUUAAAAAUAAGCAUCUACUUUUGUAGGGUUGUUAAUGCUAAGUUAAUGGCAGAGAGUGUUUAGUAGAAAAGAUGUUGGCCAAAUAGGCUUGCUAAGUUCUCCAUUUCCAAAAAUUAUUUGUGUUUUGGAUCUUUAAAAAACAGCAUGAUAUUCAAAACUGUCCGAAAGGUAUAAAAUCUUUGCAAAAUUACAGCCAGCUAUUUAUUUUUUUAAUGAUGUUCCUAAAAGAGCUUUAUAUCAAAAACUGGUCGAAAAUUGUAAAAUCGGUUAGAACUUGUCUAAAAGCUUUGGUGAACGUUGGUAUUUAGAAUUCUUAGGAAAGCUAUUCAUAUUUGAAUAAAUUGCCUGUACCAAAACUGGUCGAAAGACAUCAAAACUUUGAACAUAAA